UCAAAGGAAAAGAAAAAAUAAAAAAAGAAACAAAGAAUUGGUCCAAUAGGAACAAUAAUAGUCCCUCCGGGAACAUCCAAUAAAAUUGGAACAAUAAUAAUAAUUUUGAUUAAAAACUUGAGUCUUAUUUUUUUUUUUUUUUUUUUUAACACAGUACCAAGAUUUUGUUUCCAUCAAGGAUGGAUAAUGGGAAUGAUACUCAACCACUUGUUAUCCACAACGGAACUGGACAAUCCAUGGCUGGCUUUGCUGGGGAUGAUGCUCCAAGGACUGUUUUCCCAAGUAUAAUUGGCCGUCCUCGUCACACAGGCGACAUGGUUAGAAUGGGACAAAAAGAUGCCUAUAUUGGUGAUGAAGCUCAGUCUAAAAGAGGUAUUUUGACAUUGAGAUAUCUCAUUGAACAUGGCAUAGUAAGAAACUGGGAUGAUAUGGAGACAAUGUGGCAUCGCACAUUUUGCGAUGAACUCCGUGUUGUUCCAGAGAAGCAUCCCGUUCUUCUGACUGAAACGCCACUUAACCCCAAAGCAAACCGAGAGAAAAUGACCGAAAUCAUGUUUGAGACAUUCAAUGUUCCAGCCAUGUAUCUUGCAAUCCAGGCCGUUCUUUCUCUGUAUAGUAGUGGUCGUACAACUGGUAUUGUGCUUGAUGCCGGUGAUGGUGUGACCCACACUGUCCCCAUCUAUGAGGGGCAUGCACUUCCCAAUGCUAUCUCACAGUUAGUUCUUGGUGGUCGUGAUCUUACAGAGUAUCUCGCGAAAAUUGUCUUCGAGAGUGGUUGUUUGAGUUUUACGCAUGCUUAUGAAACAGAUAUGUUUCGUCAUAUGAAGGAGAAGAUUGCUUAUGUUGUACUGGAUUUUGAACAGGAGAUUGACAAGGCAAAAAGCUUCCCAAAAUCAUUUGAGAAGGGCUACGAGCUUCCUGAUGGAGAAAUCAUUAAUAUUGGUGCUGAGUGGUUCCGUUGCCCUGAAGUCCUAUUCCAGCCAUCAUUGGCUGGAAUGGAAGCGACAGGAAUUCACGUAAAAGCCUACAACUCAAUCAUGAGAUGCGAUGUUGAUAUUAGGAAAGAUUUAUUCGCAAACAUUGUUCUUACUGGUGGCUCAACAAUGUUUCCUGGCAUAGCAGAACGUAUGAGCAAGGAAAUCACUGCUCUUGCUCCAAGCAGCACGAAGAUCGAGGUUAUUGCACCACCUGAGAGGAAAUACAGCACCUGGAUAGGAGGAUCAAUUCUAGCCUCCCUCAGUAGUUUCAAGAAUAUGUGGAUAAUGAAGGGCGAGUAUGAUGAAUCCGGUCCAGCAGUUGUCCAUCGGAAGUGCUUCUAAGAGUGGUUUGAGAACUUUAAUCCUUCAAUUGAAUGCUUCACUUUAAGUCACAGUGACCUGUGUUUUUUACUGAACUGAUACCCAAUCUUGUGAGCGGUCUGUUUUUC